GGCCGGCGGGAGGCGGAGGCGUGGACGCAGCCGACCACCUGGGCGCCGGGGCUCGGACGGGGCGCGCGCGCAUGGCCCGCCCCCCUCCGCCUGCGCUUGCGCUGCUGCUCCUGCUCGUGGUCGGCGCGGUCCGGUGCGAGGAGGCGGCCGCGACCACCGACUGGAGGGCUACGCUGAAGACCAUCCGCAACGGCGUGCACAAGAUCGACACGUACCUCAACGCCGCGCUGGACCUGCUGGGCGGCGAGGACGGGCUGUGCCAGUACCGGUGCCGCGACGGAUCGAAGCCUUUUCCACGCUAUGGGUAUAAGCCCUCCCCCCCCAACGGAUGUGGCUCUCCACUGUUCGGCGUUCACCUGAAUGUCGGCAUCCCUUCUCUGACUAAGUGCUGCAACCAGCACGAUCGGUGCUACGAGACCUGUGGCGAGAGCAAGAAUGACUGCGAUGAGGAGUUCCACUCGUGCCUCUCCAGGAUCUGCAGGGGCGUGCAGAAGACGCUGGGCCUGGCUCAGAAUGCGCAGGCCUGUGAGUCGGUGGUGGAACUCCUGUUCGAUAGUGUCAUCCAUCUGGGCUGCAAGCCAUACCUGGACAGCCAGCGAGCUGCUUGCUGGUGUCGCUACGAGGAGAAGACCGAUCUCUAAGGACUGACAGCUGGUGACUGGAGAGGAUGGAAGAUUUAACUUUUGCCAAAGAACUGAUGUUGGCACAGCAUGAAGCGGCCUGGGUUUGGUGAAAGGGUCAUUUUAAGACCUAACAAGACUAUAUUUGAUGUUAAAACCUGUAAAUAAAAACUCAAGGAAAACAGCUGGGUAUGGUGGUGCACCCCUGGAAUCCCAGCACCAGGAGGCUGAAGCAGGAGGAACAUGCAGAGCGCAAGACCAGCCGAGGCUGCAUAGCAAAGCCCUGUCUAAAAAAAAAAA